AUGGACAAACUCUCCAUUGCCAUUUUCUUCCUUUUUUUCGCCUUUUCAUUUGCUCUAACACCCUUAACGCAAAAAGAAAACGAUAUCACUAACAUCAAACUUCCAGAAUCCGAUGCCACCCCGACCACAAACCAGUUUGACAAAGAAACUCAACAUGUUCAAGAGAAUCAAGAUCACCUUCCUGAAUCUAGGGACAAGAAGAAUAAGGCAUUACCUUUGACAUUUGUUCGGCUUCGUUCAAUCAACCGCCACUUUCCGGCCAGAUCUAGGCGUCCUUCGCGAUUAUGCGACCACCACCAUUUCCACUAUGCACACAACCUGAAGCCAAGAACACAGUCAACACACCUUGAUGAUCAGAUCCCUUAUGAUAAUGAUAUGAUACCUUCUGAUGAUGAUGACGAUGACUUUGAACAUGUAUUUCCUGGAGGCCUGCAUCAGGUUCCGGAGGAGUGGAUGAGUUUCCUCCACCAAAACAACGAAGUUGAUGAUGAUGAUGAUGUUGAUGAACAGAAGAUGUCGAAGUUCAUAAUCAAGCGAAACAAACAUGACAAGUUUGGUAAAAUGAAACUAAAGGGUCAUUUAUAUGAUCCCUUUGAAGAGGAGCACGAACACGAGGAUGAGGAUGGUGAGAUUUCAGCAAUGCAGUAUGAAGAUCAUCAUAGCUUUGAUAAGAAGAAAAUGAAGAAGCAUUUGCACCAUCACCAUGAAGAAGAGGAGCAAGAAGCUGUAGAAGGAAAUGAGACACAUAAAGAGGAAAAGAAGACAGGUGGUCUCGUUAAGCACAUUCGCAAGUUCUUGGAUAACUACUUCGAUUGAAGCAGUUCUGCUAAUGUGCUCCAUGUUUUUGCUUUAGUAUUUUGUAUUAGUGUAUGUAUUUGUAGAAUGGCUCUUUUGGGUUGAGGCCUGGAGACAACCUCUUCGGUAGAAAUACAAGAAGAAGGUUGCGUACCAUACACGCCCACCCUCUCUCCCUAAUCCUGCAGUAGCAAGGGAGCACUUUGUGCAUAGGAUACACCUUUAGCUUGUUGUGAUGUGUGUUUUAGUAGUUAGUAAACAAACUUGCAUCUAUGAGAGAUGUAGUAGGAAAAUACGUAUACAAUAUGAUUGUGUACAAAGUUGAAAUUACAAUUUUACUUAGAACAUGAACAAAAUUCUUCGUUU